AUGUCGUCCCUUUUGGCACGUCGAGUACUCGGUGCUGUGGCCAGGCCUUCGUUCCGGACCUGGACCCGGACACCCGUCUUGAACAAACAGGCAGCCAUCCAACCAUCUCGGUUCGACUUUGCUGCUCAGCGGAGAAGCGUCGCUUCAGAUACCGAGAGCAGCCGUGCCGAGCCAUCUGUCAAACCAGACAUACAGCCUAUCGUUUCGAUUUCAAGCCCACACUCGAUCACUCUUCCAACCGAAUAUCUGAAAAAAACGCGAAAUAUACGAGAGGAUGUUGUUCGGGACGCAUUGUAUGUAAAAGCCCGGCCCGGUUGUACGAUACUCCCGACCACGCUGUAGUCGUCGUCCUCGCCGUUCUCGUUGUCAUGCUAAUUAGUUUCCACAGACCAAACUUUUGGCUUCGUGACAACUGUCGCUGUUCCGAGUGUGUGAACCAGGAUACUAUGCAGAGAAACUUUGAUACCUUUUCCAUCCCCCCUGAUAUACGCCCCGUUUCCGCUGGCAUUGAAGGCGACAAUCUGCACGUUACCUUUCCAUUUGAUGAUGUUAUGAAUCCGGACUCGGAGGAAGGAAUCGCAAGGUUGACCAGAUUGAUUCUAUCGCAUGGCUUCGCCUUUGUGUCCAACACUCCUGUGUCUCCUGACGAGACAAAAAGGCUGUUGGAGCAUAUAGGUCCCAUCCGCAACACACACUAUGGCGGCUUCUACGACUUCAUCCCAGAUAUGGCCCUGGCCGAUACGGCCUACACGAACCUUGCCCUUCCUGCCCACACCGACACCACCUACUUCACCGAGCCCGCAGGCCUGCAGGCUUUCCACCUCCUCUCACACCACCCUCCUCCAUCAAGCCCGUCGGGCGCUGUGGCCGAAGGUGGCAAGACCCUCCUUGUCGACGGCUUCAGUGCGGCUGUCAUCCUGCGCGGAGAAGACCCAGAUGCAUACACGACUCUUAUGAAAUACGGAGUAGACUGGCAUGCCAGCGGGAAUAAGGGGAUCGCCAUCAAACCGAAGCACAAAUUCCCUGUGCUGGAAGGGAGUCGCCGGCAAAACUUGCCCUUCCGUGUGCGAUGGAACAACGACGAUCGUGGAGUGGCGCCGUUGAAACACGCAAGACUGAACGAGCAACGAAAAAGCCAAAAGGGCCAAAGGGGGAAUCAACCGUCCUUGAAAGUCGAGUCUAGUGGUGAUUGGUAUGCGGCGGCAAGAAAAUGGAACGAGAUCAUCAAGAGGAAGGAGAUGGAAUAUUGGGUGCAGCUUACCCCCGGCAACGUGCUGAUAUUCAACAACUGGCGGGUCCUCCACGGUAGGAGCGCCUUUGAGGGUGUCAGGAGGAUCUGCGGAGGUUACAUCAACCACGACGAUUUCGUCUCCCGCUGGAGAAACACAAACUUCUCUCGAGAGCAGGUCCUGCGGCAGGUGGUUGGGUGA